AGGUACACAAACCUAGAAAGUAAGUCUUUGUACUCAGGUCUAUGAUUUGUCAAUUCUAUAUAGCCAUAAGUUUCAACGAAUUUCGUUGAAUAAAAUAAUAUUAAAAGGAACAUUACAUUUACUAACAAUAUUUUUACUACUCGCAUUUAUUGUUUGUUUUUAAAGAAACGGAAUAUAUUUCCAUUGUGAAUGUAAAUAUUGACGCAAUUUCUUAAAGUAUUGAAAAUCGAUUAGUUCUAUUAGAUUAUUUAACUUAUCAGUUUUUAAUUCCUUGUCAUAAGCUGAUACCCAGAUAGAAUAAUAUACUUAAACAUAGUAUUUCAUAGAAAAUGGGUAACAAAUCAUCAUUGUUGUUACGGGAAGAAGAAAUUGCGCAAAUACAAGAGGAAACUGGUUUUACACCAAACCAGAUAGAGCGGCUUUACUCACGAUUUACGUCUCUGGAUAAGAACGACUGUGGUACUCUCUCGCGUGAAGAUUUCCUUAGAAUACCAGAACUGGCUAUCAAUCCAUUAAGCGAGAGGAUAGUUCACUCUUUUUUUGCAGACAGCACCGAUGACAGAGUCAACUUUCUGCAGUUUAUGAGAGUAUUGUCACAUUUCAGACCUAUUAGGAAGAAUAGGGAGAAUAGGUUGAACAGCAGGGAAGAAAAAUUAAGAUUCGCAUUCUCUAUGUACGAUCUUGACAACGAUGGCAAGAUAUCUAGGGAUGAACUGUUGGCGAUCUUACACAUGAUGGUCGGUGUUAAUAUAAGCGAGGAACAGUUGUCCAGUAUCGCUGAGAGGACUAUAUUGGAAGCCGAUAGCAACAAUGACCAAAUGAUAUCAUUUGAAGAGUUCUGCCGAGCGCUUGAAAGGACAGACGUUGAGCAGAAAAUGUCUAUACGGUUCCUGAACUGACCGUCAAUGAAGCAAAUAUGACAUAUAUCCUUAGUGUAAUGCUUAUGAUCGUUUUCUACGGGAUGCUAACUAAGAAAAAUAUCAAGCCGCUGCGGGCUUGCAUUAAUUAAAACUAUAUGUUUGUAAGGGGUUGUAGAAUAGCUAUAUUUAUUCAACAUAUAUAUUUUUAUAUGAGAUUCAAAUUAAACAACCAACUGUAAUAAGUUUACUAAUCGUUUGUGUUGUCAUAAAAAAACAUUUUGCUGCACUCAAGUGCUAGGGUUUACAGAUUUAAUUUAAUUUAUAUGUUAUUAUAAUGAAAACCGAACUUUAUUAUUGUUGAAAUACUUAUUUUAAUAGAAAUAAAUAAAAAAAAAACAAUACAUAAGCAA